AUGUUUCACUAUCGGUUUAAUGAUGUUGUUGUGGGAGUGAAUUACAUCGUUUUCAUGAUCACUGCGUUUAAUGCUCCCUUCGGUUUUUGCCAAAACAUUGAGGGUACUCCACACUAUCAAGUGGAAUCUCAACUGAGUUGGAAUGAUCUUCAUGAUUUCGAGAGCCCGAAAGAGCAAUUGAUCUGGGACACAAUGCUCUCCAACGAACGGAAGCACUCACCAGCCGCCCUAAAACCCCCCUCCACUCUCCCCCAGGACAAGACGCCGAUUGACACUCCGGUAAAUUACUUCAAUGAUAACUCAAAAAUUCCUGAUCUCAAAGUACACUCUACACCGGGGAGAUCCAAUAAGCGACGAAAAAACGAUUAUCGGAAUCAUAAAAAAUAUAAACACCUGAGAGCUCGCAAAUACUUCACCCAAGCGAGGAGCAAGGAGCAGGAUGAAUCAUUAAUGAGAGUUGAUAAAGGACCUGACAGGGGCUACUGGCGAUCGAGGUCGCACGAGAGAACCCAAUCUAGAAAAUUAAAAUCACGGGAUGAGAAAAAUUUACUUUCUGCACUCACCUCCGAGGAUUCCCCUCAACUAUUCAAUAAUUCGAGAGGGAAUCGUUCUCACUGGAAUUUUACAAACUUCUUGAAUCAGAAAAAAAUUGAGAGAAAUGUGGAGAAGUUACUGACGAGAAAUCUUGAGAAAGAAAUUAUAAAAAUGAGACGAGAACGGCCAUUUGCAUUGACAAAAAGUGAUGAGAAAAUGACGGAAUUAUCGCUGAGGAAAAAUGAAAUUUUGGAGAGCGAGAGUGGAGCUUCUGUUGAGAGCAGGGAGAUUGUGAAUUCACGCCGGGAAAAUGGUUUUUCCGUGAGCGAUAAUCAAUUCGAUAAUUAUGAUCAAUUGAAGGGAGUGGAUUCUGAUAUCAAUGGGAGGAAUAUCGAUGGGGUCAAUUUAUCUGAUACUUUCGGCCGUGAUACGGAGAGUGCUUCACCUACAAAUGACUCUGGAGAGGACGGAAAAUUGUUGGAGGGAGUUGGUAAUUUAGAGUCACUGGGUGACCUCUCCUGCAUGAAUGGGAGCUUCGUACCUGCGCCUUACAUUCCCCAUGGAGUUAUUAAAUACGUGAAGUCAUCAAAACCAGAGCACGAAUAUCUCGAAGCGGACUAUACAUGCACCACUGGCUUCAUAAUGUCGUCAAACAACACUCGCCUCUUCUGCAAAAAUCGUAAAUGGCUAGGCGAACAGCCAUUGUGCACGAAAAAACCUGAUGAAUUGUGUUUGCAUUCAGAAUGUGAGCACAUUUGUGCAGUAGACAAUGGCAUGGCCAAAUGCUCCUGCCACAAAGGAUUCAGCCUUCGAGGCAAUAAAUGCAUCGAUGUGGAUGAGUGCGAGGAGGAAAAUGGUGGUUGUCAAUAUACGUGUGUCAAUAUUGUGGGGAGCUAUCGAUGCCAGUGCCCCGGAGGAAUGAAAUAUGGAGACGACAAGUUCACUUGUAUAGAUGUCGACGAGUGCUCGGAGAAUAAUGGUCGUGGGCCAUGUCAGGACAGGUGUCGUAAUACCGAGGGUGGAUAUAUUUGUUCUUGUGAGGGAUUGCCCGGCGCUGUUCUUUCGGCUGACAAUCACACCUGUCAGACGGCCGGGCAUUGCUCCGAUAACAAUGCUGGCUGCUCACACACGUGUCUUUCCACUGCCGGCAGGAUUUUUUGCCUCUGCCCCGACGGUUUUGUUCUUCAGGAUGACUGGAAAACUUGUCAAGAUAUCGACGAGUGCGCUGUUCCUGAGCUACAAACUGAGGUAUGUAGAUAUGGAUGCAUCAAUACUCCGGGCUCCUAUCGAUGCGUCAAUAAUCCUCUCGAGCUCAAGGAUCAACCGGCCAUCGAGAAGUGGAGGAGCCAAUGCCCCCCUGGAUAUCGAGCAUCUUCAGUCGUCACGUGUUUGGAUAUAAACGAAUGCCUUGACAACAACGGUGGCUGCGACGAAGUCUGUGAGAACACAGAAGGCAGCUACUUCUGUGCCUGCAACGGCGAUGAGAAAAUCGUCUCAUCAGACGGAAGAUCCUGUGUAGAGAUAAACGCUAUCUCGUGUCCACCGGUGAAUCCAGUUAAACGAGGUACUUUAAUAUGCUCACGGCAGGGAGACGACAAUACAUGGCAACCGUACAGAGCCGUUAAUCGGCCCGGCACUAAGUGCUAUUUGAAAUGCCCACGGAGUUAUAAACUCCUUGGGGAAUAUCAGAUCACUUGCCACGGAAGUGGAGAGUGGCUGGGGCCACAGCAUGCCGAUUGUGUCAAGUAUCCAAAGCCACGGUUGGAAUGUCCGAAGGACGUAAUUGCAGAGCUAUCUCCCGGCCAAAACGAGGCAUUCGUGAGAUUCAAUCAACCGUCAACCGAUGUAGACUGGUUUCGAUACGUAAAAUCUAAGCCAUCCUGGGGCACAAGACUCGAGGCGAAUCUCCAGCUCGGAUUGCACAUUGUUACUUUCAUCGCCAGGCAUCCGGUGUCGAAGAAACAGUCGACCUGCACUCUUCGCAUUGUCGUUAAAGAGGGCGAGCCUCCAAAGGUCCAUAACUGCCCGCAAGAUGUCACUGGGAGAAACGGGAGCAUCAUCACCUGGGAUGAACCGGUUUUCACGGACAACGUCAAAGUAACUCAAGUCACGAAUAAUCAGAGUCCAGAGCAGGCCUUUGACAUUGGUGAAUGGAAAAUUACCUACAAUGCAAGCGAUGACGCCGGAUGGUCAACAGUGUGCAGCUUCACUGUAUCGAUACAUCGAGGGUAAAAUUAGCAGUGAGAGGUGGAAAAAUAUAGAGUCAGGGGAAGAAUGAAGGUACAACGUAGGUAAUAUAAAUGGAAAUUCUGGAGGCUUCGAGGCCCCAUCGUGCAUGCAAUGGAUUCUAUUCUUCUUUCAGCACAAGUUGAGGGUCAAAAUUAAUUAUAACUAAUUUAAUUGAGAGGAUGUAAUCGACGGAUUUGCAGGUUUAUAUCAAUUUUUUAACGUGAGAUGGAUUGAAUUUUUAAAUGAGAAAUUCCAUCAAUAGUUGGAAUCUUUGACGGAGAUGGAACAAUCUAAGGAUUUCAGGAUAUUCAAGUAUCUUUUACAGGUUUUUUCAUAGAUCAAACCAUUGUCAAUUAAAUUGUGCGCGAAUUUUUUUUUUAAUUAUGAUUAUUCAGUGUUAUUGUGACACUGACAGAAUUGACCGAAUUAUUACUUUUUUAAAUGAUUUUAUUGGCAAGGCCGCACACCUACACUCUGUCAGAUCGACA